GCGUCUAGGCCUCCCGAAGCUUCGCGUCUUCCCUCUUCCGUCACCAACAUGAGAGCAUCUUUGAAACAUCACUCACUCCAUCCAUCUGCAUCCACCCCCAUAAUACCGUCAACGCCAUCAAACCAUCAUCUGGCUUGACCUCGCUGCUACCUACCGAUCAUCAAGGACGUGGUGUAGCGCUCACAGCGACCGGAAAUGGGCCAGAAUCAGUCCGGUUUGGGGGGACCAGGCGGCCCUCCAGGCGCCGGCGAUGGCAAGGACAAGAAAGGCGACAAGAAGGACAAGCCCAAGUACGAGCCGCCUCCGCAGCCCACCACGCGCAUCGGACGGCGGAAGAAGAAGGCCGCCGGUCCUAAUGCCGCCGCCAAACUCCCGACCAUCUACCCCACCGCGCGAUGCAAGCUCCGCUACCUCCGCAUGCAACGGGUACACGAUCAUCUACUGCUGGAAGAGGAGUUUGUGGAGAAUCAAGAGCGGAUACGCAAGGCAAAGCAGAAGAACGCCGAACAGCCCGCGGUCGCUGGGGCGGAGGGCGAGACACUGGAUCGAAAUGCCGACGAGCGCAGCAGAGUAGACGACAUGCGUGGAUCGCCGAUGGGUGUCGGUAAUCUCGAGGAGCUCAUCGAUGACGACCACGCGAUUGUCUCGUCGGCUACUGGACCGGAGUACUACGUGUCCAUCAUGUCGUUUGUCGACAAGGACCUGCUUGAGCCCGGGGCGUCCAUCCUCCUCCACCACAAGAGUGUGUCGGUUGUGGGCGUCCUCAAUGAUGAUUCGGAUCCCCUGGUCUCGGUGAUGAAGCUGGACAAAGCCCCCACGGAGAGCUACGCAGACAUUGGAGGGCUGGAGGCGCAGAUUCAGGAGGUUCGCGAGGCCGUUGAGCUGCCGCUUCUCCACCCGGAGCUCUACGAAGAGAUGGGCAUCAAGCCCCCGAAAGGUGUCAUCUUGUAUGGCGCUCCAGGAACGGGCAAGACGCUUCUCGCGAAAGCCGUUGCCAACCAGACCUCCGCCACCUUCCUCCGCAUCGUCGGCUCCGAGCUGAUCCAGAAAUAUCUCGGAGACGGUCCAAGACUUGUGCGCCAAAUCUUCCAGACCGCCGCAGAGCAUGCUCCAAGCAUUGUCUUCAUCGAUGAAAUCGACGCCAUUGGCACCAAACGCUACGAAUCCACCUCGGGUGGUGAGCGCGAAAUCCAACGCACCAUGCUUGAACUUCUCAACCAGCUCGACGGCUUCGACGACCGCGGCGACGUCAAGGUCAUCAUGGCCACCAACAAAAUCGAAACCCUCGACCCCGCUCUCAUCCGCCCCGGCCGCAUCGAUCGCAAGAUUCUCUUCGAGAACCCCGACCAAAUCACCAAGCGCAAGAUCUUCAACCUGCACACGUCGAAGAUGUCGCUGGCGCCGGAUGUGGAUUUGGAGGAGUUCAUCAGCAUGAAGGAUGAUCUGUCGGGGGCAGACAUUCGCGCAAUCUGCUCCGAGUCGGGCUUGCUGGCGCUGCGCGAGAGGAGGAUGAGGGUCAACAUGGCGGAUUUCAGGAGCGCGAGGGAGAAUGUGAUGAAGACGAAGCAGGAGGGUGAACCCGAGGUGAGUGAUUUUCUUCGCCCGCUGACGACUACGUAUGUGAUGCUAAUCUCUACUGCAGGGCCUGUAUCUCUAGACGUUCGCAGAAAGGAGGGGAGGACGUUCCGGAAACAAUAGAUACUUCGUGUACUACUAAUUCCUUCUAAGAAGCAUGAAUACCAUGCGGAGUUCCAGCUUCCUCUCCGGACACGGCGACUGUCUUCUUCCAGCGGCGCCCUCGCGUGGAGUAAUGUGCCUUUUCGCUAUUUUAGCCAUCAUCCACUCUCUUUUCUUCUCCAUUGUCGUUCCUCUAGUGUAUGUCACAUAGCUGCCCAUCGUCCAAGUCACCCGC